CGAGGACAGGUUAGCAUAUGCACUGCGCAAGUGAAGGUGAGAAAAAAGCUCAGGACACAAGUUGCGAUCACUUCGCACCGGUGGUGCGGUCAUUGACAAUAAAUAAAAGCCAUCCGGCUGACAUCAUAGACCGAUAAGUGAGACGGCGAGACUUACCUGCGGGCCAAGGACAAACAACCCAACGCAGCGCCACAGCCUGUUUUGGGAUUCUGUGCAGGCCCUGGUCCGUGUACCGACACUCAACGCCUCCUCAAGAAAAUGCCUACACGGUUCACGAAGACUCGCAAGCACCGCGGCCACGUCUCCGCCGGCCACGGACGUGUAGGAAAGCACCGCAACAUCCGGAGGUCGUGGUCUCGCUGGUGGCAGCACCACCACCGAACCAACUUCGAUAAGUACCAUCCUGGUUACUUCGGUAAGGUCGGUAUGCGCCGAUUCCACCUUACGCGCAACCUCCAAUGGAGCCCGAUCAUCAACGUCGACAAGCUCUGGACGCUUGUACCCGCGGAGGAGAAGGAGGGCCUCACGGAGAGCUCGGACGUCGUCCCCGUCAUCGACACCCUCCGCCACGGCUACGGAAAGAUCCUGGGCAACGGACAGCUGCCCAAGCUCCCCUUCAUCGUGAAGGCGCGCUUCGUGUCGAAGAAGGCCGAGGCAAAAAUCAAGGAGGCCGGCGGUGUUGUCGCGUUGGUUGCAUGAUCUCCCUCCAUUUACUCUGUCGCGCUUUCUCCUCUCCUGGCACUGUAUCGCACCCACUACAUGCAUAUGCUCAAUACUGCGAGGCCUGUUAUGCAAUCAUGCUGUACCAUCUGCAGCCGCAGGCACUUUGUGACUUGAGGGUCAGACGUUGGAUUGUUGGAUGACUGGUAGAAUUUUGAGCGCGCUGGCCUUGGUCCGCGUAGGGCAAUACUCAACCAGUUAGUCGAGAGAGGAACUGUGCAAUCAACAAAGCUUGCACUUCCGAAAUCGCAUGACACUUGAGCUUGAGCGUUGGAUCGACAUACACUAUUUAAUCAGAGAGACGAGCAACAUGUUCUGGCAAGGUUUCGCAGAAGU